AUGACAUAUCACGCAGCAGUAAGUUCAUCUAAUUUGGAGGAACUAAGAAGAUUGUUGGUUGAACAACCACAGAAUAUCGAUGAAUUGAAUGAGAAAAAAGAGACUCCACUGUUGGUAGCGGUUCACAACAACAAUGUGCCGGUAGCACAGAUCCUUAUUGAAGCCGGUGCCAAUCUGAAUAUUCAAGAUCAAAUUCAAGAUAGUCCCUAUCUGUACGCAGGUGCUCACGGUCGUUCCGACAUCCUCAGACUGAUGUUGAAGCGUAGUGAUAUCGACUUUACCGUUUACAAUAGAUACGGUGGUAACUGUAUCAUUCCAGCCAGUGAGAAGGGUCACCUGGAGAACGUUCGUAUCCUGCUGGCCGACGGUCGUGAGAACAUCAACCAUAUCAACCGAUUGAAUUGGACUGCCCUGCUGGAGAUCGUCUACUACGACAACGACGAUCAACUCUAUCAAGACAUUGCACGUGCCCUCCUCGAAGGCGGUGCCGAUCCAAACAUCCGCUGUGGACACGGUAAAACAGCGUUACAAUAUGCCAAGGAAAAAGGUUUCAAAAAUUUAGAACAACUCAUUAUUGAUUUUGGAGGAAAAGAAUAA